GAGGAAAGAAAAUAUUAACUUCAGACUUAACAGACCAAUAAUAAUUCUAAACCCAAAAGUAACGUGACGAUAUCUGUGGUAAAUAGUCACGAAUGUAAACCAACGUAGGAUGUAAAGGGUGCUACUGAGUCAGCUAGCUAGUAAUCUCUAUAAACAGAUAUCUGCAUAUGAAUGCAGAAUCUAUAGGCAAGGGACAGAUUUUGGUAUCGGAAGCGUUCGGUUCUGGUUUCCAUUUGUAGUCCAUUUGUAGUCCGAGUAGUAUGAACCAAUCACGUUUCAGCAGGCUUUGGUUGCAUGCACUUAAACAAUCCGUGUGGAGCGCAAAAGAGAGCGCAAUCUCGGAACCCAUCCGGUAUCGUCUGACGACGAUUUAGCUUUUUAUAAAUCUUGGGAGCCUAGAGUUUCCUCUCAGUGUAUUCUGCACAUCAGUGAACUCUGAUCCCUCUCCUCUAUCAACCUCACAUUGUUUUAGUGUCCUGGAUGGUUUGGACCUUCCAAACUGUGUGAUGACUGCACCUGAAGCUUAGUGCACGUUUUCCAUGACUGUGGAAGUCUUCCUCUCAUCAUGAAUGUGACUUCUGGUAGCUGUACGGCAGAGAUGCCAUAUGGAUACCAACCCCGUUUUAAAGGGCUUUACAUCGCCACUGAGCUCAUCAUCGCUGUGCUGGCCAUCAUAGGCAACUUCCUGGUUUGUCUGGCUGUCACCCGAAACAAGAAACUUCGCACUGUCACCAACUACUUCCUGGUAUCAUUAGCAGUGGCAGACAUCCUGGUGGGCUUGGUGGCCAUUCCCUGUGCAGUGCUGACAGACCUGGGUCGACCUCGCCAUAACUUGCCCCUCUGCCUGGUGCUGCUCAGCAUCCUGAUGGUUCUCACACAGAGCUCCAUCCUGAGUAUGUUAGCAGUAGCAGCGGAGCGUUACAUGGCCAUCCUUCUGCCCUUCCAGUACCAGCGAGUCAUGAGCCCCACGAAUGCCCGGCUGGCCCUGCUGGUCACCUGGGGCCUGGGAGCCAUCUCUGGCUCGGUGCCACUCAUGGACUGGCAAAGACAACCAGCAGACUCUGACUACUGUAUCUUCACUUGUGUGGUGGACAUGAGCUACAUGGUCUACUUCAAUUUCUUCUGCUGCCUCCUGGUGCCACUGGUGGCCAUGUUCAUCAUCUACGGCCACAUCUUUCUCACCGUCCGUAGCCAGCUCAGACGCAUCGCUGUGACCAGGGGAACCGCAGAGGACAUGAGAGCUGCUGGUAGUGGGAGCACUGGGACACAGGACACUGGGAGUUCAGCUGCUGUGGGAACCACAGGAGGUGGAGCAGACAUGGGGACAGGAAAAGGAACCGGGAUUUCGAGAAAAUGUAAGGCUGGAGUGAGGGCUGGGGAAGAAGUCGAGUCUGGCAUUGGGUCUCUUAUUGAUACUGAGACUACUGCUGUCUUUACAAAGCCAGGGCUCAGGGUUGCCUCAGCUGGAUCUACCUGCUUGAGCUCUACUCCUGCUAACCCCCGUCCAGGAGAGUCCAACAAGGCCCAGUCCAACAUUCGCACUCGUCAGGAGCUGCGUAAAGCCACCUCCCUCUUCCUGGUCCUGUUUCUCUUCAUGGUGUGCUGGAUGCCCAUCCACCUCAUUAACUGUGUCCUGCUGCUCUGCCCACAGUGUGAGGUGCCCAUGUCGCUCACACUAGCAGCCAUUUUGCUUUCCCACGUCAACUCUGCCCUAAACCCGAUCCUGUAUGCGUACAGAAUGAGGUCAUUCCGACACACUUUGAUAGGAAUGUGGAGAGGAAUGUGGAGCAUUGGGCCAAAACACCAGUAGAGCAGCAGUGGGUGUCUCAAAAGCAACACUUUUUUUUUUGUAAAAAGUAGGACUUACAAGCUUUUGUUAAAGAAGCCAAAAGUAACUUUGAUCAAAGUCUAAGUGUGAUUCUUAAGUGCUGAUUAUAAAAAAAAACAACCUAAAAUAUCCUCCCUCAAGCAUUGGAAUCAGCCAAUAGCAGGCCUCCAAAGGUGAUAUGUCAGAGCUGCAUCAUAUCAGUCAUUAUGACAGCUUCAUACACACCUUUUCAUGAUAAAGACUACCCAUCAUUCAUUGUAGCCAAGAUUUGGAUACUUUAAUAUAUGUAAAACAUAUAAAGAGGAAAGUUUCUAUACAAUAACCAUUUUAAGUGAUAUUCUCAAUGAGAACUCAGGGGUUGACCUACAAAUGAAACAAAAAGUUUACUGGCUUAAUAUUUAGAAUCAUUUUAACUUGUAAUUUCUAUGUUUUGUUAUUUACUAUCUUUCAAACUUACCAGAAUUCUUGUAUUUCACAGCUCAGCUAAAACGUAUUGGACAUUUCAAAAUUGAUAUAGAUGUGGUUAAUGGUUAACAUCAGGAGCUGUUUGGAUCAGAUACAGUAUAUGUCACUAGGAGGUUAGGGUUAGCUUCUUGCUUACAGAGCUCAUUAAAGCUCCUUCUAAUCAAUAUUUUUAUAUUAAAAAUGAAUCAAUGACUAUGUGACGAGCAGUGACAAACUCACAAAGAAUUAUCACCAACUCUGCACUUCCCCUCAGCUUUACGGAGCUUUUUAUUGUCUUUCAGCUCAUUGUUUUGGUUUCAUGGCCCACAACUUUACUGUUUUGGUUAUCAGCAG